AGUGCAGUGGAUUCGAUAAGAUGAGUCAUUUCAUUUUCAUCUGCCUGAUAGUUGAGGGGAUUUUCAAGCUCAUUAUUAUUCGAAUAUUAUAAGGACGCACAUAAAAGUGAAAUCGAUAUGGACAAAAACCGCUCUGAAAUCCCAUUUAAUACUUCAGACCAUAUCGAAGGUAACUGUCUAUCAAACUGUUUCUCAAAAAAACAAGUAGAGAAUUAUAAUGAUAUACAUGUUAUUCAAGAUAAUCCAUCGUUUAGUUUGGAAAUUAGUGAAAUUGAUGAGGAUCGAAGGUCCUCCAAUGAAUCUCAAACUAGCAACUACCCAUAUUAUUCAAUGGACUAUCGUCACAAGGGGUUAUUACUGAUAUUUGCACAUUCCGAAUUUGAUCUUGAAGGUUAUGAAGAAAGGGAUUCCGAAUUAGAUAUAAAGUUAUUGAAUGAGAUGUUUUCAAGAUUGAAAUUCAAAAUCAGAAAAUACAAGGAUAGGACGAAGGAACAAAUCGAAGAAAUAAUUAAUGAAGUAACAAAACAAAAAUUUGAAAAAUAUGCCAGCUUAGUUGUGGCAAUAUCGUCCCAUGGAGGAUCAGGCUUCAUAGUUGCCAAAGAUAAAAUUUAUUGUCCACAUGAUGUUUUCUAUGAGCCUUUUGGGAAGGUAGAGACAUUACAGGGAAAACCGAAAAUAUUUUUAUUGGGCCCUUGCAGGGGGGAAAAUACAGAUAGAGGAAUUGAGCUUUCAUGUUGUUCUAAUUCAUCAUUGGAGUUUGACUCUCCGCAAGAGGAUAGUACUGAUGGUCGUCAACUGAAAUAUUUACUUUUGGGUCACGACUUACCACCAGACUUUUUGCUUCUUUAUUCCACAAUUGAAGGAUACUAUGCUUACAGAAAUGGCCAGUGGGGAUCUCACUAUCUCAAAUAUCUGAAUGAGGCAUUAAAUGAGGAUGUAACGGAAGAUUUUUUAAGUAUAAUAUGUAGAGCUAAUAGAAAAUUAUCAAUUGGUUUUUCAUCGGUCUCUUCAGAUACACAGAAGAAUGAUAAUAAACAAUGCAUGAGUUUUGUCAGCAAUUUAACUAAAUUUCUUAAAUUCCAUUCAAGAAAAUAAACAUGUUAAUCAGAAGUUUCGAAUAGAAAUUCACUCUGAUAAUCAUGGAAAUUUAUGCUAUUCAGAAGUCAAUACCAAAUUCACUAGGAAUAUAGUGAAAAAUUUAAUAUUGAUGUAAUGACUCUCUUGUCCACAAAAUCUUAAUUAUUGUUUAACGUACAUAUUAUAUAUAAGGUAUCAUUGUACCAAUUCAUUGAAAAAAUUUGAAUUGUCAGUUGGAUAUAAUUCUAUCAAAAAGCAAUGAUUUUCAUUUCUUUGAAGAGAAAGAAUAAAGUCCUUCCUUGUCCUUG